AUGAAGCAAAUCCUUGGUCUGACAGCUAUUUGCUGUUCCAUUGUACUUGCUGAAGCAGGAGUUUUCAAGUGGACUGCCCAUGACAAUGUUCGAAGAUGGACCCCAGCACAGGAGACAUUUGGUCUGAUGCCACUCUUGGGCAUGAAUCCAGUACCGACCAGCCCUCCGAGGCUAGAGGAAGCGAGGGAUCAAAAGAGAGCGGACGAGGACAAUACGUGCGCGUAUGUCAACGGUGAUCCAGAUAUCCCUCUCUACUGUGACGUGAGCUCCGCGUGUGUCUACAACUCAGUGAAAUCGAAUAUUGGCUGCUGCCCUGAUACAUCAACGUCAUGCUCUAUUUGGACGACGUGCCUUGACUCUUCUGACAAGAAUCUGUUCACGACGGAUAAUGGCUAUACCUUGUGGUGUGGGUCAUCCGAGUACCCUUAUUGCAAGACACAUCUUUAUAAGGAUGAUGCCUUUACGGGAUACACUCUCCUGGGAUGUGCGGUGGCGGCAGGAACAGACAGUGUAGUCUAUAAACCAACUUUAUCGACGACGUCUUCGAGUUCCUCUUCCACCUCGAUCAGCAGUCAUACAAGCAGUUUGGACGUGGAGAAAACACCUUCGAGCAUCACGCAAACGUCCAGUGCAACCACCGCAGCGGUGAGAAGCAACCCAACCAUCACGACCGCAGCUGCUAGAUCAGGGAGCUCCUCGGCUCCAAUCGGCGCCAUCGUUGGAGGUGUCGUAGGUGGAGUUGCUGUCCUUGCGUUGUUUACCUUGGGUCUGGUCCUCCUUCUUCGCAGGAGAAGGCACCACCAAGGACCCGGUAGCGACCAGCACAAUUCGACUAAUCCUGCCGGAGGCUUUGCAUCUCAACCACCUCCAUCGCAACCAGCGAUGCAACAGCAGUUCCAGCAACCGAAUUUCCAACCUGCGCCGUCCACGGUCAGCUAUGUGACAACAGCGCCUCCUUUAGACAACCGCAGCUCCAUCGCGAAGCCCAGUCCAAUCAACACUACUCAGGCUGUCUAUGAUCCGACCACAACAGGAAGCCCUCCACCUCAGAGCCACAGCCCGGGGCCGGCACUGCCAGCUUACCAGGCGACAAACACUAAUGUCAAUACUACACCUGCAUCACAAACAACUUCGCUGAUAACCCAUGAUGCUCCCCAGCAGCAGAGGCCUGGGGUUGGUGUUUACCAAGACUACCACAGCCAAGUGCAGCCUGCACAUCAGCAGCAAAAUGGCGACCGUUACUAUGAGAUGCCCUUAACGAAGAGUGACCGGGAGCUUAGGGAACUGGCUUAA